AGCUAGUCUGGCACGCCGGUAGCAGUUCUGGCAGGAGCAGUUGAAAGUUAUAUUUUGUUUUUCUGCUGCGAGAUACCGGGUCCUUCUGGAUCAAUGAGUGCUGUGCCGCUGUGGACGGCUCCGCUGCCGCUGGUGGUCAGCGAGGCAGACAUGGGUCUAAAGGUCUGCGAUGAGGCAGUGCGACAGCUGUCGCUCCUUAACACCCCAGUAAGCGUUGUGGCUGUAGUGGGCAGAUAUCGGAGUGGAAAGUCAUUCCUUCUAAACAAGUUGGCUGGAGUGGUGCUGAAGGACAGUACGGAUGGAGGGUUUCAGCUGGGUUCUACUGUGCAGUCACAGACCAAGGGAAUCUGGGUUUGGCCUGUCUCUCACCCAAAUGAUCCUCAUCGCACAGUUAUUCUCAUUGACACAGAAGGACUUGGAGAUAUUGAAAAGGGCAGCAAAGAUCAUGACUGCUGGAUUUUUGUCCUGAGCAUUCUGCUUAGUAGCAUACUGAUUUUCAACACACAGAGCACCAUAAGUCAUGAAGGAUUUGAACAGCUACAUUUUGUAUCAAACAUGACAGACCUAGUGAAAACCAAAGUGCACUCAGACCCUGAUGAAGCAGGUGAGGAUUUCUCUGAAUUCUUCCCUCAUCUAGUUGUGUGUGUCCGUGACUUCAGUUUGAGACUGGAAGUGAAUGGCAAGCCAUUGACAGCGGAUGAAUUCUUAGAACAUUGCCUGACAAAGAGGAAACCUGGAAAGAGUCGAGAAAGCAGGGAAUAUAAUGGACUCCGGGAGAAUCUAGAGUCUUUCUUCAAGAAAAGGAAAUGCUUUGUGUUGUCUCCCCCAGAACUGGGGGACAAAACACAGGAACUUGAUCAGCUUGCAGAUGAUGAACUUAAUGAAAAGUUUGUGGAACAGCUGAAAGCGUUAAGGGACUAUGUCUUUACUUCUGCACGUCCCAAAGUAGUGGAUGGCAUUGCCUUGAAUGGAAAAGCCUGGGUUACUCUUGCAUUAGAAUAUACUGAAGCAUUAAUGAGUAAUGCUAUUCCUUGUAUUGAAAGCUCUCUGACUCGGAUGACAAAAGCUGUCAAUGAAGAAGCAAAAAAGGAGAGCAUCAACGUUUAUGACACUGGUAUGAAAUCAAAACUACAGAGGCUUCCAGUCAGCAUGGAAAAAGUACUGGAAUGCCACGAACGAUAUAUGAAGGAGGCUCUUACAGAGUUUGCAAAGAGGUGUGUUCUGGACAAGGAAAAGCAUUAUGCACGAGAAGUUAAUCUCUUUUUGGAACGGCAGCUCCAGGAGUGGACCAGGAAGAAUGAGUCUGAAUCUGAGUUAUUCUGUCGGGACUUGCUAAGAGUGGAGAGGAGGCCUCGCAAAGAGUUUCUUAAAGCAGGUGGUCACAAGGAGUUUACAGCAAUGAUAAAUAAGAUCCAGAAAACAUAUGAGGCAACAUCCAACAAAGGUCCGAAGGCUUGUGAAGUAAUGGCUCGUUUUAUGGAAGAGGUCAACCUUGAAGAGCAGGAAAUACUUAAAGUUGAUAAGACUCUUACAGAAAUGGAAAGGAAAUGUCGAAUACAGGAAGCUGACCGUAGAAUGGCUGAAGAAGAAAAAAAGGCAAUGCAAGAAAAAGUGAACAGACUUCAGGCAUCUUUUGAUGCACUUACCAAACAGUAUGAGGAAACAGUUCAAAUUCUAAUUGAGAAACUGAAUGAAAUUGAACAGGAGACUGAGACGCAUGGCAUGGCAUUUGAAAUGCUGCAGUCUGACAUAAGCAACUUGCAGCACAGACACCCAAGAAACACAGAGGAUGUGCCUCCGCCUCGGACAUGUAACAUCAUGUGACAGAAGGAUGACCUCAAGAACACAGUUUUUAGAGCCAAAGUAGUUGAAUAGAAUUAUCAUAUUCCUCAGGUUUUUAAGUGUCAUAUGAACCUCAAAUAAGCAUGUUUUAUCUUUUGCUAAAACUGGAGUGAUGUAAAUUUUAACACAUUACAAAUCCAUGUAAUAAUACACCUAAUGGUAGCCAAUGUGUGUAUAGGUCAAAAGAGGAAUGUUGACAGUGUUUAAGGUGCAUACAAGACAAACAUUAUGCUCACUGAAUCUUGUCUAGGUCUUCAGUGAAAUGCUUAAAAGGUUUUGCGCUGUACCUGCAUUUUCUCCUUGUUUUACUUUCUGGUAUUGUAUCAUCCAGUAAUGCUGUUUAAGUCAUUCUUUUAUUUAUGUUAUUUUAUUGUUAAUGUUUAUACUUGCUAUUGGAGUUAGACUGUUAAGCAGAAUGGAGGAUAAGAUUGUACCAUACCAGCAUAGCAGCUCAGAGGUUGCACAGGAGAGGUAAAGAUAGCCCAUUACCCAGAAUGCUGCUGGCCCAUGUAACAGUUGGUACAUUUUACCCCUAAUUUCCCUGUCUGUGCUGCUGGCAUCCAGUGAAGAUUUGCAAUUUUUACAAAAAGAAAGCCUCCAAAUGCUGUUGAUGGUAACAGUAAAUGUGUGUAUGCAUCGUUGUACCUUUGCAUUCCUUGGAGGUGCACAAUGGAAAGAACAGCUCUUGCAGAAACAUUGCAGACUGAACACUCCUUCCUGCCAGUGGGUAUGUCCCAAUGUAAAUAACAGCAGUAGGCAGUACAGCAAUAUAAAUUUAGCAUGAUAAACAACAAAACGAAUAAAUGCUAAAGAACAAAAAUAAUAUAGAGUGAUGCAUUAGAUAUUAUCCAUUUGCAGCACUGAUUAUCCAAGUCUGGAAAUAUAUUUUGAUGUCAGGAUAGCUGAUUGGUGAGAGAAAUGCUGGACAUGCUUCAACUGAGUGAAGAGAAAUAGGGUAUCACAUAGUAUUCCAGCAAAUUUUACUACCUAGAGUUACUUCUGCAUCCUGGGAUGGAGGUGAGCUUCUUCCAUGCCUUUUCUACCUCCUUCAUUUCAAAAGGUAGUCUAAUGGGUAAAAAUCAUAGUAAGAGUAAAAAAAUAGUAAACUUUUGUUUCUCUCCUGACUGAAGCAGACUCCAUGUCACAGCUUUUUGUGUACUAGUUUCUUUUUAAUCUUGUUGUCUCAUUAACUAUUAAUGUUGACAGGUUGGUGUCACCAGCUGCAAAUGUUAAGUUAACCUGAUGUGGUACCAUGGUGGGUAAAAGUUAAAGCUGUUUGUCUAACAGAUGCAGGAUUCCAGGAAAUGUUCUUUACUGUACUCCAUUUACUGUCUGUUGGAAAGCUGCAUGUCUUUCUUGAGAGCACUCCAUUUUUUCCAGAACCCACUCCCCAAAACCGUUGGUGGAUUGGAGAUUAUAAAAUGUUCCUGUAUGUGUCAUUUACCCUUGUUCACAUCGCCCAGAUCAUGGAUGAAGAUGGUUUGCUCACCAGAAGUGCCUGUUUUUCGUUAGUGGAUGAGUAUAUCAAUUUACCAUUUCACUAAUCCUGUUUGUUAAUCAAGUAAAUAAACAAAGGAUACAUAAUCAUUAAGCAUCAGUGGAUAGGUGGAGAAGAAUCUGCUGUCAUCAAAAAUACUUUUUAGCAGGUACGUUCUGAAAUUAUGCAAGCUGUUCAGUUACUAUUGCUUGUAGGCUUCAUUUUAUAGGUUUUUAUAUUGUAUUUAAAUAUAUUCAUAGUCUGCAUUAUUUUAUGAGUGGUGGGAUUUUUUAAUCUUUUUUAUUCUAGAGAAAAGGACUAUAUUCACAGAAAUGUUAUGGCACUGUGAAAGCUGAAAUGUGAAUUACUACAAUAAUAUGCUAUGAACUUGGAAAGCUAUUAUUUUAUGUACCUGUGUUUGAUUAGACCAUUUCAGACUUUUUCAUUGGCUAAAAUCACAGUAAGCUUGAAAAAUGUACUUUUAUUGUGAAUAUUAAAAUUAAUUUUUGGUUAAAUUGA